AGGAGGAGGAGGAGUAGGAGGCGGGCGGGCGGGUGCGCAGCGUGAAGAGGCAGCAUCCGCGCUGCCCGGCUCGGCGGCAGCUCACGAUGCCUCAGAUCUGAUCCACAUCUACCAGGCUGGCAAUGAAGACAUCCAGAGAAUAGUUCACAUCUAUCAUGCGUCACUUCUAGACACAGCCACCAGACGCAUCUCCUCCCCACUCUGCCUGACCUGUGGUUUAGGGACACGUCCCACGGCCUCUCCUGACGUCUGCCUGGUCAACCAUCGCUUCCUUAGAGAAUAAGGAGAGAGGCAGACGCAGGAAAUCAUGCCACCGACGGGCCACCAGCAAUGAGUGGGUGACGCUGAGUUGACGUCAAAGACAGAGAGGGCUGAAGCCUUGUCAGCACCUGUCACCCCAGCUCCUGCUCUCAGUGUAGCCUGAAGCCUGGCUCCUCCUGGUGAAAUCGUCUUGGCCUGAUAGCAUCACGAGGUCUUCAGACAGGGCCCUUGGAAGCCGGUGGCCAUGGAGGAUCACAUGUUCGGUGUUCAGCAAAUCCAGCCCAAUGUCAUUUCUGUUCGUCUCUUCAAACGCAAAGUUGGGGGCCUGGGAUUCCUGGUGAAGGAGCGGGUCAGUAAGCCGCCCGUGAUCAUCUCCGACUUGAUUCGAGGGGGUGCCGCAGAGCAGAGCGGCCUUAUCCAAGCCGGAGACAUCAUUCUCGCAGUCAACGGCCGGCCCUUGGUGGACCUGAGCUAUGACAGCGCCCUGGAGGUACUCAGAGGCAUUGCUUCCGAGACCCACGUGGUCCUCAUUCUGAGGGGCCCUGAAGGCUUCACCACACACCUGGAGACCACCUUUACGGGUGACGGGACCCCCAAGACCAUCCGGGUGACCCAGCCCCUGGGUCCCCCCACCAAAGCUGUGGAUCUGUCCCACCAGCCAGCAGCCGGCAAAGAACAGCCCCUAGCAGUGGACGGAGCCUCGGGUCCCGGGAAUGGGCCUCAGCAUGCCCAAGAUGAUGGGCAGGAGGCCGGCUCGCUCCCUCAUGCCAACGGCCUGGCCCCCAGGCCCCCAGGCCAGGACCCUGCGAAGAAAGCAGCCAGGGCUGGUCUCCAAGGCAGAGGGGAGAACAAUGAACUGCUCAAGGAGAUAGAGCCUGUGCUGAGCCUUCUCACCAGCGGAAGCAGAGGGGUCAAGGGAGGGGCACCUGCCAAGGCAGAGAUGAAAGAUAUGGGAAUCCAGGUGGACAGAGAUUUGGAUGGCAAGUCACACAAACCUCUGCCCCUCGGCGUGGAGAACGACCGAGUCUUCAAUGACCUAUGGGGGAAGGGCAAUGUGCCUGUCGUCCUCAACAACCCAUAUUCAGAGAAGGAGCAGCCUCCUGCCUCGGGAAAACAGUCCCCCCCAAAGAAUGGCAGCCCCUCCAAGUGUCCACGCUUCCUCAAGGUCAAGAACUGGGAGACUGACGUGGUUCUCACUGACACCCUCCACCUUAAGAGCACACUGGAAACAGGAUGCACUGAGUAUAUCUGCAUGGGCUCCAUCAUGCUUCCUUCUCAGCAUACACGGAGGCCUGAAGACAUCCGAACAAAAGAACAGCUCUUCCCUCUCGCCAAAGAGUUUAUUGAUCAGUACUAUUCAUCAAUUAAAAGAUUUGGCUCCAAAGCCCACAUGGAAAGGCUGGAAGAGGUGAACAAAGAGAUAGAAACCACCAGCACCUACCAGCUCAAAGACACAGAGCUCAUCUACGGGGCCAAGCACGCCUGGCGGAAUGCCUCGCGCUGUGUGGGCAGGAUCCAGUGGUCCAAGCUGCAGGUAUUUGAUGCCCGUGACUGCACCACAGCCCAUGGGAUGUUCAACUACAUCUGCAACCAUGUCAAGUAUGCCACCAACAAAGGGAACCUCAGGUCGGCCAUCACCAUAUUCCCCCAGAGGACAGAUGGCAAGCAUGACUUCCGAGUCUGGAACUCCCAGCUCAUCCGCUACGCUGGCUACAAGCAGCCCGAUGGCUCCACCCUGGGGGACCCAGCCAACGUGCAGUUCACAGAGAUUUGCAUACAGCAGGGCUGGAAACCCCCGAGAGGCCGCUUCGAUGUCCUCCCGCUCCUGCUUCAGGCCAACGGCAAUGACCCCGAGCUCUUCCAGAUUCCUCCAGAGCUGGUGUUGGAAGUUCCCAUCAGGCACCCCAAGUUUGAGUGGUUCAAGGACCUGGGGCUGAAGUGGUACGGCCUCCCCGCCGUGUCCAACAUGCUCCUGGAGAUUGGCGGCCUGGAGUUCAGCGCCUGUCCCUUCAGUGGCUGGUACAUGGGCACAGAGAUUGGUGUCCGCGACUACUGUGACAACUCCCGCUACAAUAUCCUGGAGGAAGUGGCCAAAAAGAUGAACUUAGAUAUGAGGAAGACAUCCUCCCUGUGGAAGGACCAGGCACUGGUGGAGAUCAAUAUCGCAGUUCUCUACAGCUUCCAGAGCGACAAAGUGACCAUUGUUGACCAUCACUCCGCCACCGAGUCCUUCAUUAAGCACAUGGAGAAUGAGUAUCGCUCCCGGGGAGGCUGCCCUGCCGACUGGGUGUGGAUCGUGCCCCCCAUGUCCGGAAGCAUCACCCCUGUGUUCCACCAGGAGAUGCUCAACUACCGGCUCACCCCCUCCUUCGAAUACCAGCCUGAUCCCUGGAACACCCACGUCUGGAAAGGCACCAACGGGACCCCCACAAAGCGGCGAGCCAUCGGCUUCAAGAAGCUGGCAGAAGCUGUCAAGUUCUCGGCCAAACUGAUGGGACAAGCUAUGGCCAAGAGAGUCAAAGCGACCAUCCUCUAUGCCACAGAGACAGGCAAAUCGCAAGCUUACGCCAAGACCUUGUGUGAGAUCUUCAAACAUGCCUUUGACGCCAAGGUGAUGUCCAUGGAAGAAUAUGACAUCGUGCACCUGGAACAUGAAACUCUGGUCCUUGUGGUUACCAGCACCUUUGGCAACGGGGAUCCCCCUGAGAAUGGGGAGAAAUUCGGCUGUGCGUUGAUGGAAAUGAGGCACCCCAACUCUGUGCAGGAAGAAAGGAAGUACCCGGAACCCUUGCGUUUCUUUCCCCGUAAAGGGCCUCCCCUCCCCCAUGGUAACACAGAAGUCCACGGUCUGGCUGCAGCCCGUGACACCCAGCACAGGAGCUACAAGGUCCGAUUCAAUAGCGUCUCCUCCUACUCUGACUCCCAAAAAUCAUCAGGCGAUGGACCCGACCUCAGAGACAACUUUGAAAGUGCUGGACCCCUGGCCAAUGUGAGGUUCUCAGUGUUCGGCCUCGGCUCACGAGCGUACCCUCACUUUUGCGCCUUUGGACAUGCCGUGGACACCCUCCUGGAAGAACUGGGAGGGGAGAGGAUCCUGAAGAUGAGGGAAGGGGAUGAGCUCUGUGGGCAGGAGGAGGCUUUCAGGACCUGGGCCAAGAAGGUCUUCAAGGCAGCAUGUGAUGUCUUCUGUGUGGGAGAUGAUGUCAACAUUGAAAAGGCGAACAAUUCCCUCAUCAGCAAUGACCGCAGCUGGAAGAGAAACAAGUUCCGCCUCACCUAUGUGGCCGAAGCUCCAGAACUCACACAAGGUCUAUCCAAUGUCCACAAAAAGCGAGUCUCAGCCGCCCGACUCCUUAGCCGUCAAAACCUCCAAAGCCCUAAAUCCAGCCGCUCAACCAUCUUCGUGCGUCUCCACACCAACGGGAAUCAGGAGCUGCAGUACCAGCCUGGGGACCACCUGGGUGUCUUCCCUGGCAACCGUGAGGACCUCGUGAACGCCCUGAUCGAGCGGCUGGAGGCCGCGCCCCCGGUCAACCAGACGGUGAAGGUGGAGCUGCUGGAGGAGCGGAACACGGCUCUGGGUAACGUUCCCGGGGCCCUUCCCGGCUCCAGUGAGCUGCAGAGGCAGCGGCCGUCUGGGAAGAAGACAUCCAUUCUUCCCAACCACCGAUCCAGGCAGGAGGGCGUCAUCAGUAACUGGACAGACGAGUGCCGCCUCCCGCCCUGCACCAUCUUCCAGGCCUUCAAGUACUACCUGGACAUCACCACGCCGCCAACACCCCUGCAGCUGCAACAGUUUGCCUCCCUAGCCACCAGCGAGAAGGAGAAGCAGCGUCUGCUGGUCCUCAGCAAGGGUUUGCAGGAGUACGAGGAAUGGAAGUGGGGCAAGAACCCCACCAUCGUGGAGGUGCUGGAGGAGUUCCCGUCCAUCCAGAUGCCGGCCACCCUGCUCCUGACCCAGCUGUCCCUGCUGCAGCCCCGCUACUAUUCCAUCAGCUCCUCCCCAGACAUGUACCCGGACGAAGUGCACCUCACUGUGGCCAUCGUUUCCUACCGCACCCGAGAUGGAGAAGGACCGAUUCACCACGGCGUGUGCUCCUCCUGGCUCAACCGGAUACAGGCUGACGAAGUGGUCCCCUGUUUCGUGAGGGGAGCACCCAGCUUCCACCUGCCCCGGAAUCCCCAAGUCCCCUGCAUCCUUGUUGGACCGGGCACUGGCAUUGCCCCUUUCCGAAGCUUCUGGCAACAGCGGCAAUUCGAUAUCCAACAUAAAGGAAUGAACCCCUGCCCCAUGGUCCUGGUCUUCGGGUGCCGGCAAUCCAAGAUAGAUCAUAUCUACAAGGAAGAGACCCUGCAGGCCAAGAACAAGGGAGUCUUCAGAGAGCUGUACACCGCCUACUCCAGGGAGCCAGACAAACCAAAGAAGUACGUGCAGGACAUCCUGCAAGAGCAGCUGGCAGAGUCGGUGUACCGAGCCCUGAAGGAGCAAGGGGGCCACAUUUACGUCUGUGGGGACGUCACCAUGGCCGCUGAUGUCCUCAAAGCCAUCCAGCGCAUCAUGACCCAGCAGGGGAAGCUCUCGGCGGAGGAUGCCGGCGUGUUCAUCAGCCGGAUGAGGGAUGACAACCGGUACCAUGAGGAUAUUUUCGGAGUCACCCUGCGCACAUACGAAGUGACCAACCGCCUUAGAUCUGAGUCCAUUGCCUUCAUUGAAGAGAGCAAAAAAGAUACCGACGAGGUUUUCAGCUCCUAACUGGACCCUCUUGCCCAGCUGGCCGCAGGUUUUGUAAGCGCAGACUGCCACUGCUGAACCUUUCCUCUGGGACCCCGCGUGGCCCUCGCUCUGCCUCCCGUCCUUGUCGCUGUGCCCUGGUUUCCUUCGUCGGGGUUCUCGCCCCUCCGUGGUUUCCUCGGCCCUCCCGGGUUGACUUCUUGAGUUUUCCUGCUGCGAUGCAAUGCUUUUCUAACCUGCAGUGGCUCUUACAAAACUCUAUUCCAGCCCCCUCUCUUGUUGACAAGGGCAACUAAUGGGUGCAUGAAACCACUGGAACAUGGCCGCCGCUGCGGAGGUUUUUUUCUCUGGGGUUCCCCCGGAAAGGCUGCAGGAACUAGGCACAAGCUCUCUGAGUCCCUCAGCCGCAAAACUCCCCCCUUCUCCUUUUUUAUGAUGACGUUUUUGGUUGUGUGUGUGUAUGCGUGUGUGUGAUGGGCCAGGUCUGUCUGUUCUCUUCCCUGCGCGAGUAUGUCAACCUUAGAUCUCCACCUCUUCCACUGAAGACCCUCGAUGCCAAGAAACGUGUCCCUGGCCCAUAUUAAUCCCUCAAGUGUCCAUAAUUAAGGGUCCACGCCCAUGUACCUGAAACAUGUGGAAGCCCUGUAAUUGUUCUGGUUAGAAAGGGUUCAGGGCAUGGAGGGAGGAGUAGGAAAUUGAUUAAGGGGGCUAUCUCCCAAUGAAAGGGGCAGUCCCAGAAUCUGAUGCAUUUAGAUUCUGAGACCAGUGAGCAGAGCCCUCGUAUGACUUGAACCCAUCUAAUGGAUUGGGCGAGUCCCCUCCCCAAACCCACCCAUCCCACCAGAAUCACUUGACUCGGCCACAUCCAUUGACUCCACCAUCUUCCAGCAAUACCAUCCAAGGGACCCGGAAAUUACGUUGUUCAAAGAAACCUGGAUCUUCCUGCUUUGCCGCUGGGUGACUUCGGAUGAGUCACUUGUGCUCAGUUUUCCCUAGUCAUAAUGUUAUAUGAACCUAAAGAAUAUGACUGGGUAGGCCGGGUGUGGUGGUUCAUGCCUCUAAUCCUAGCACUUUGGGA